CACUGAAUCUCAAAAGAAAAAAGAAAGAGCUCUCUCUUAGAUAUGGAAAAGUGGGAGAGGUCGCUGCUGCUUCUUACAUUGUCUCUGUUUAUUAUCGUCGCUUCUGUGGCGGCAGAUGAUUACGUUCGGCCUAAACCUCGCGAAACCUUGCAGUUUCCAUGGAAACAAAAGUCCUCUUCUCAACCCGAGCAGGUGCAUAUCUCAUUGGCUGGAGAUAAACACAUGCGAGUGACUUGGGUUACGAGUGACAAAUCGUCUCCUUCCUUUGUUGAAUAUGGAACAUCGCCAGGGAAAUACUCGUAUCUUGGUCAAGGUGAAAGCACCUCCUACAGCUACAUACUGUACAGGUCAGGGAAGAUACAUCACACCGUAAUCGGGCCAUUGGAAGCAGACACUGUUUAUUAUUACCGUUGUGGCGGAGAAGGGCCUGAGUUCCAUCUGAAAACACCUCCAGCUCAGUUCCCGAUUACUUUUGCUGUGGCUGGGGAUCUUGGGCAGACCGGUUGGACCAAGUCGACUCUAGAUCAUAUCGAUCAAUGCAAAUACGCUGUGCAUCUACUUCCUGGGGAUCUUUCUUACGCUGACUAUAUGCAGCACAAGUGGGACUCGUUCGGGGAGCUGGUUCAGCCUUUGGCAAGUGUAAGGCCGUGGAUGGUUACACAAGGAAACCAUGAGAAAGAGAGUAUUCCCUUUAUAGUGGAUGAAUUUGUAUCUUUCAACUCGAGGUGGAAGAUGCCGUAUGAGGAAAGUGGAUCGAAUUCAAAUCUUUAUUAUUCUUUUGAGGUUGCGGGUGUCCAUGCCAUCAUGCUUGGAUCAUACACAGAUUUCGAUCGGUACUCAGAUCAAUACAGUUGGUUAAAGGCUGACCUUGCAAAGGUGGACCGAGAAAGAACUCCGUGGCUAAUAGUUCUCUUCCAUGUACCAUGGUAUAACAGUAACAAUGCCCAUCAGCAUGAAGGUGAUGACAUGAUGGCUGAAAUGGAGCCUUUGCUUUAUGCAAGCGGUGUUGAUAUUGUAUUUACUGGUCAUGUCCAUGCUUAUGAACGCACGAAACGUGUCAACAAUGGUAAAUCAGAUCCAUGUGGUGCUGUACACAUAACCAUUGGUGAUGGAGGAAACAGAGAAGGGUUGGCUAGCAAGUACAAAGAUCCGUCUCCAGAGUGGUCAGUAUUCAGAGAAGCAAGCUUUGGACAUGGGGAGCUUCAGAUGGUGAAUUCAAGCCAUGCGCUUUGGACCUGGCAUAGGAACGAUGAUGACGAGCCAACAAGGUCCGAUGAGGUUUGGUUAAACUCUCUUGCGAACUCGGGAUGUUUGAAGAAAAGGACUGAAGAACUCAGGAAAAUGCUCUUGGAACCUUGAUUAUAUAAUAUAUCCAUAAAGUGAGAUUUGCAGUAAAAUAGUCCAUUAAGUUAAGUAUAUAUAGAAAGCUACAAGCUUGUUAGCAACUCCAUAGAAAAUCAUAGUUCCAACUUUUGCAAUUUUGUAAACUUGUACUCUGUUGUUUUCCCAUUAAUUAGAUACCAUAAUACUAGUACGUUUUAUAAUCAAAAA